CUUUGCUUGUUUGCAUUUUGCUCAGGAGACUGCCCAGUUCAUUCUUCGGUACUUGGGUCCUCCCUGCUCCUCAGAGGCCCCGACGACGCAAGACCACCCGACGACCUCCUCCCCCGUCAUCUCCCUGCGUCAGUAAGUGCGGUUGUAACAAGGAAGCAUGGCAUCGCAACGAGAGAGCUCCCUUGAGCUCCGCGUCGGCAAGAAGUUUCGCCUCGGCCGCAAGAUUGGAAGCGGCUCGUUUGGCGACAUCUACCUCGGCACCAACAUGACGUCGGGCGAAGAAGUCGCGAUCAAGCUCGAGUCGGUCAAGAGCAAGCACCCGCAGCUUCUCUACGAAUCCAAGAUCUACAAGAUCCUCAACGGCGGCUUGGGCAUCCCGAACAUCCGCUGGUUUGGCGUCGAAGGCGAGUACAACGUCAUGGUCAUUGACCUCCUCGGCCCGUCGCUCGAGAACCUUUUUGACUAUUGCGGUCGCCGCUUCCAGCUCAAAACCGUGCUCAUGAUUGCGGACCAGCUCCUUUGCCGGCUCGAGUACUGCCACUCGAAGAACUUCAUUCAUCGCGAUGUCAAGCCCGACAACUUUCUCAUUGGGCUCGGGAAGCGUGCGCAAAUCUGCCACGUGAUCGAUUUUGGUCUCGCAAAGAAGUACCGCGACCCCAAGACGCACCAGCACAUCCCGUACCGGGAGAAUAAGAACCUCACGGGCACGGCGCGCUACGUGUCGAUCAACACGCACAUUGGCAUUGAGCAGUCGCGCCGCGACGAUCUCGAGUCGCUUGGCUACGUCUUCAUGUACUUCAUCCGCGGCUCGCUUCCGUGGCAGGGCCUCAAGGCCAACACGAAGAAGCAGAAGUACGAGCGCAUCAUGGAGAAGAAGAUGAACACGCCGAUCGAAGUGCUCUGCAAGGGCUACCCCGCCGAGUUCCGCGCCUACUUUGAGUACACGCGCGCCCUUCGCUUUGACGACAAGCCCGACUAUGCGUACCUCAAGCGCCUCUUCAAGGAGCUCUUCUUUCGCAAGGGCUUCCAGUUUGACGCGAUGUUCGACUGGACGGUCCUCAACUUGCAAAACGGCCGGAGAGAGCGGGACGGCAGCGGCAGCGCCACGGGUGCGCCGCCGCAGCCGGCUACGGGUGCCACGGCUGCGCCACCGACGGGCAACCCCAUCGACUCGCAACAGCGAUCGUCGCGCAUGGAGCCGAUGCGCCAAGACAUGCGCGUCAACUCGGGCCGGCUGUACGUCCGGGAAGACUCGAAGGAUUCGGCCGAGCUCCAGCAAAUGCAGCAGAUGCAGCAGAUGCAACAAAUGCAGCAGAUGCAGCAGAUGCAGCAGAUGCAACAGCCCGGGUACGCCACCGGCAAUCGUGACGAUAGAUUAUAUGUGGCCCCCCGCGUCGCGUCGAACGGCGAUCUCAGCGACCCGAACAAGCUGCCCAGCCAGCGCCAAAGAUAUUGAUUACAUAGCUUGUCGAAUUUAGGCACUCCACCUCCAUUGCACGUUUUCUCUUAAGAAAAGUAUGAAACAACGACCUUCCUUGUCUUGAUCA